UAACAAAAAGCGCAAGUCGAGGUUCCGUCAUUAAUAUAGUUGUGGCAAAGUCAUGUGCAAUUGAACUGCUCGUGUUCAUCAAGCAGCUCUUAUAAUACCAUCAAGAAACGAAGACUACGAGUGAUGGAUGCUUGUCCCUACGUCUCCGACUUCUGUCAAACGGCUGCGGAGCCAGCUGAGCAGACCACGUGCAGCCCUCCUGUCAACGCGGACAGCCCUGUAGAAGGCAGCCUGCCUGGGAACGACGGGGAAAUAGAUUUGGAGGAGAGACCUGAUGGUAAGAAGCUGAUUUCAAGUGGCAGUGAUGAAAACAUAACCUUCAUAUCCGAAAGCAUGAUAGUGACAUCAGAUGAUGAGGAAAAACUUCUUCUUUUGAACAGAAACACUGAGCUGAGGAACGUAAAUAAAGAGUUACUAAAGCUAAAUGAGGAGUGGGACCAGAUAUAUCGUCGGACCACAAUGGGAUUACAGCAGAGAGUCACCUCUUUGCAACAAGAAGUGGUGGGGCUUAAGCAGCAAAAUGAGAAACUACUUAUGAAACUGGAACAUGAGCAGGGAAAGCGUGAAUAUUUUGAACGAACACUACUUGAAGAACUCAGAAAGAACCAGCACCUUCAAGAGUAUGUGAGAUACCUAGAGAGUAAGAUUCACAGAAACAAAGUGCCUUGUGUCCAGUCUGAAGACGAGAGUCAGUUGAUGGUUUAUAGACUACUGGCAGGACCACAACUGCAAUCUUCUUCUGAGAGCCUUUGUGCUGCAGUAAAGGGAGGCACUCAUUGUGCCCCUUGUCUUGAAUCCCCUGGGAACACAGAACAAGAACGAGAACCACAGAGACAUGGAAGGGGCAAGCAUGAGAGUACUCUCUGCCAGAACUUCAAGGACAAGAACAGUGUGCAUAAGGAGGUGCAAGAUUUGAAAGAGCAAUUACAAACCCUGAAGUGCCAGACACAGAUCUACGAAGCUGAUUAUAAGACAGAGCACAAAGAUCGAGAGCGAAUGAAGAUGGAAAACAGUAAACUAAGACGCAAAGAGGAAGAGAUGCGACAGCAAAUGGCUUUACUACAAGAACAGCUAAAGGUCUAUGAAGAUGACUUUAAGAAGGAAAGAUCUGAUAAACAGAUCCUACAACGUCUGCUGUUGAAGAAAGCAAAUCCAAACAAUCCAGUAUUAGUUCACAGAUGUAACAAUGAACCAGAACAGGGGGAAAGGCAAGGAUCAACCCGGCGCAAUACUUGCACAAAGCACUGUGAGCAUCAUUCCCACAAAGUCAGCAAAAGUUCCAGGACUCAAAAGCAGGGAUCCCCUCAGGAGAUUUCUAUUUAGUACCAUUAAAUGGUAAUUGCAUAUUUUGGGCAAAAUGAACCCCACUGUGGGAUAGACUUGGCACAUUUCAGUCUUUACUGCAUUAUUUGCAACAGAAGAAAAGUGAUUUUGACUCUUUAUCUUGGUACCAGCCCUGUUAAAUGGGAAGUAAAUACAUUUGGGAUUAUUUUAGUUAAUUUAAUGGAAAAAAUUAGAUAGUCUGGUAUUUUGUUCUUUGUAAAUCAACUAAAGCAGAUGGACUUUGAAGUAUAAGCUUUAAUGGACAUGUUUGUUAUAUGAUCCUGCUAGGAGGGAUCUUUGUUCAACAACCAACAAACAAAAGUAAACACUGAAGAAGUCUGAAAUACUGGCACUGGCUUGAUAACAACUCAACUUCUAUGUUGUUAUAUUAACUGGUUUCUUUGUUUCAAAACAGUUGGACACUCAGUGUGACAAAGUAUGAUUUUUUUUUUUUAAUAUUGCAAACAAAUUCUUCCUACUGUCACCAAGAAUGUUCUAGGUCACAGAUAAGCAUUUGUAUUAUGAGAUAAACUAACACAAAUUAACUAAUUGCUGCCCUGUAGGUCACAGUAGCUAGGCCUGAAUCUUGGCCUGCAUACUUACUGCAGCAUAUUUGCACAUUCUCUGUGUUCUCAGGGGAUUCUCUGGAGACUUAUAAAAGUAAAGGUGGCUCCAAAUUAUCAUUAUAUUAUAAAAUGUACAAAGUACAGUAAACUUCUUACUUGCAUACUAAUAAUCAAGUGUGGGUGUGUGCAUGAGUGCCAAAUGGCAUUGCAUACAGAAUAUGGCUGAUUUCUGCAUUUUGCUUCAAAUAUUAACACAGUCUUUGCCCUUUUAUUAUAAUUAAUAUGUUGAGGAAAUAAAUAAGUUAGCAAAUUAAUUAAUAAUAUUUGAAGAAGGAAUGAGUACUACUGUACUUAUAGUGAGAAAAAUAGAAGCUAAUUACUAAAGAUAUUUAUGUUUAAAUCAUUGCUAUUUCUUAUAGAAUUAAGUGAACUAUAAAUAUUUGAUGUGCUUUUUUCUUAACUGCAUCACUUAGCCAACUCCAUAAUAACCAAAAUGUGAUACUUUAUUAAUCUAAGCUAUACAUUAAUUGCUUACACAAGAAAACUAGAAAUAACAGGAUCAUUGUCAUCAGGUAUUUGUAAAGUAGACCCAGGAGAAGUCUUUCAACUUAAUGGUGAAUUAAGUACUCCUGGAAAUUAAAGGGAAGUGCAUGUGAGACUGAAACCAGGAAAUACUUCUUUACGCAAAGACUUGUAGGAAUAUGGAAUAAACUACCAACACAUGAAGUUCAAGUAGAAACUUUGACAACCUUUAAGAAGAAUCUGGAUGAG